GAGGAAGAUUUCAAUCCCCACAGAUGGUGUUGUCAGGACAGCAGUUCACCUUCAAAGUUCUGUAACUUGUUCAAUGAAGUGCGACCCGAUUAUGGUUGUUCUUUGGAAGCUGAAUUUAUCUCUGGUAAAUGUAAUGCCUCUCUCUCUGUCCAUCUUUUGUUCUUCCAACAAUAUUAUUACUCUAAUUUAUUGAUGAACAUAGCAAAGUAUUAACUGAGAAUUUAUUUUCAGCAGCAAGUUAAAUUUAGUUUCAAAUUAUCUAAUCUUAAGAUUUUCGAUGAUAAAAAAAAUUAACAUAUUUCUAUAAUAUCUAACACAAAAUACUUUAUAAUAAAAGGUAUUUUUUGUCAUUAAUUGUUUUACAAUUUUUAAAUAAUGUAUUAUUUUAUUUUAAAAAAAUAAAAUGUUUUUCCUCUGACAGGAAGAGCACUGGGAGAUCCACACAUUUUGACAGCUGAUGGACUCAGCUACACUUUCAAUGGUCUGGGGGAGUACAUCCUCUUUAAAAUUUCUGUGCCAUUCUUUAUGCUCCAGGGAAGAACAAAGCAGGUGGUCAAUAGUCAAGGAAUUAAAGUAAACGCCACAGUGUUUGUUGCAUUUGCAGCUCAAGAAGGAAAUUAUUCC